GUAUGAAAAAUAAAGAAAUAUAAUAAUUAUAAUAAACAUUUAAAUAAACAUACUGAUUAGUGUGAACAUAUCAACUGAAAAUUUAGACCUUCAUAUUUUAUUAAUAACUUGCUCAAACAGUCAUGUCAUGAAGAAUUUUUAUAUUAUCCUUUAAAUUGAAUUUUUAUAGAUUUUAUGUUUAUGAUUUUAUAGAUAUUAUGCUUUUCAUGUACAUCAAACAGUAAAGAUGGAGGGCAAAGAAAAUAAACCAAGAACUUUAAGUUGUACCAUAAAAAGUCCUGGCCCAAUUUACAAAUUACCAACGUUAGUUGGCUACAGUGAUCAUGAUCCAUCUCGAUAUAGAAAUCCAGCAUACAGCAUACGAGCUCGAACUGCUAUCAAGACUUUUGCGAUACAGCCUGGUCCUCGUUAUAAUAUCAGAAAUUUAACAAAAUCUGGGCCUGAUAAUCCACCCGCUUACACAAUCAGAGGGAGGAAAGCAUGGAUUUUACGAGAUCAUGCUCCAGGACCUGGAGCAUACUCUCCUGAAUUAUGUCCACCGAUGAAUCACAAUCGUAGAGCACCAGCUUAUAGUUUUAUGUCACGAGGUGUGACAAAGUUUCUAGACGAAGGACCUGGUCCGAAUUCAUAUCUUUUACCAACAUGCAUAGGACCUAAAGUGCCUGAUAAGCCCGCUCAGGGUGCAUUUUCUAUCGUUGGUCAUCGUAAAGUACGCGAAGAAAUUGUUGGUCCAGGUCCGGCCGCAUACGUAAAAAUAAACUAUGACACGAUAAAACGACGGAGUCCGGCAUAUAGUUUAAAAAAAAGACAUAUUUUGUUAGAAAAAUAUCGCAGUCCGGCACCAAUCUUUUAUCCAUUGUACGAUACGCGAAAACGUUCGCCUAUGUAUUCAUUUGGUAUAAAGCAUAGUGAAUGCACUGGAAUACCUAUGACACAGUUAGAUGAGAAUUAAUUUUAUAAUGAAAAAUUGUAUAUAGAUAUUUUUUCCUAUUUUUUGUAUUUACGCAAUAAAUUUAUUG